ACUCUUUUGUGAGCCUUUUUUCGCCGGGCGAUAAGGCUUUGCACGUUGACUGGAAUAAGCACUACUGUAACGACACUUAUUUAAGCUUACACCAUGAAUCGCAUCGUGACAUGUCCCUUAAGAGGAGCUUGCACGUUCUCAAGAACAUUUUCAACAAUACUGAGAAAGCCUAACACAGUUAAAGCAAAGACGCAUCUGACCCCUAAAAAAUGGAUGUCCACUGGUUCGGGACAGCAGCUGUCAGAUCAAGGUUCCACUCUUACUGCUGUUGGUCUAUGUGUAGGCUUCACAGCAUUUGGGAUUAUCUACACCAAAAGUACAUGGACUGAUUCAAGUUCCAAAAAAUCAGUGGUCAAGGAAAAAGUAUCUAGAGCUCAAAAGAUGCAAGCACCACCACCUCCGCCACCUUUCUUACCCGACCAUGCACAGUACCUCAUCAUUGGGGCUGGUACUGCUGCCUUUACAGCUUACCAGGAAAUCAAAGCUAGAGACCCAAAAGCUAAGGUGUGGAUCAUUGGAAAGGAAAAAUAUAUACCUUACAGCCGUCCUUAUCUGUCUAAAUACUUGUGGUACAUCGCACCGGAGAAGAUUGAUAAGUGGAUGGAACAGGACCAUCCUGUGGGAUCAAAGAGUAUUUUCUAUGAGUCCGAGAGCUAUUACUUUUCCGGGAAGGAGCUUAUGGAGAAUGAAAAUGGAGGUGUUUGUGUUAUAGGAGGCCAAAAGGUAACGAAACUAGAUGCAGACAAGAAAACAGUAUAUGUGGAGUGUGGAAAAGAAAUAAGCUAUGAUAAAUGUCUUAUAGCUACAGGUGGUGAACCUAGAAAUCUCCCUAUAUUCAAAGAAGCACCAAAAGAGGUUAAGGAUCGAGUAACUGUAUUCAGAACGGUUGAUGACUUCAAAAAGCUAUAUGCCCUGAGCUCAUCCGCCAAGUCCAUAGCAGUUAUUGGUGGAGGAUUUCUGGGGAGUGAGCUGGCAGUAUCCCUUCAGAGCAGAGCCAACCAGGAUGGAAGUGGUCUAAAAGUAACACAAGUUUUCCCAGAGGGUGGUAACCUUGGACUGGUACUGCCAGAACAACUAUGUAAAUGGCUGACAUCACAUAUUGCCUCAGAAGGAGUACAGGUGUUGAGUGAGAGGACUGUAAGCAAAUUAGCAUAUAAGAACAACGAGGUGGUACUCAACCUGAGUGACGACACUGAGAUAAAGGCAGACCACGUAAUUGUAGCCGUAGGACUGGAGCCCAACGUGGCCUUAGCAGAAACAGCUGGUUUGGAGGUUGAUGACAGACUAGGCGGAUUCUUGGUCAACUCUGAGUUAGAAGCUAGAAGUAAUGUCUGGGUGGCUGGAGACGCUGCCUGUUUCUAUGACAGGAGACUGGGUCGACGUAGGAUAGAACAUUACGACAAUGCUGAGCAAAGUGGCCGUACUGCUGGACAGAAUAUGACGGGAGGAGGUAUGUCCUACACAUACCAAUCUACAUUCUGGUCAGACAUUGGCGACAUCUUCAUGGAGGCUGUGGGCCUUGUGGAUUCCAAACUAGAAACUACCACCAUCAGUGAACUUGUAAAGAAUGUGGAGGACGGAGAUAACAGGAAAGUGGUGUUCUACAGAAAAGGCCAGGAUGUUGUCGGGAUCCUCACAAUGAACAUCAAACGUAAAACAGAGUUAGGCCGUAGGUACAUUGAUAAUGGUCUCAAAGAAAAGGAUUUAGGCGAGGUUGCCAAGCAGUUCUUUGUCAAAGACGAGGAAAAAUCAGAAGAAAAGAGCGAAGACAAAAUUGAAAAUCAAAUAACUCAAAAAUGAACAUUAUCUUUGAAAGAUUACAUAUUAGGGUUACAAAUGUAUUAGGUUUCAUCAACAACUCUUGUCACAUCAGAGAUUGUCCGAUAAUCAGAUUAUCGUUAUUUAUUUUGAUAGUGCUACAGUGUGAGUUUAAUAUUGACACAUAAAAAAAUAUUUUUAUCAGGAAUGUAUAUAACUUUAAGAUAUGCAAUUCAUUAAUUGUGUGAGGUGAGUUGACAGGACUGCAUUUAUGUAUAUUUGGUAUAUAUUGUAGAAAUGGAAUUUGUUACUCUAUUUGGUUAAACCACUCCAAAUGAUAUUUACUAUUACCUAGCUAUUCUCCUUCCAUAUCUUGUCGUUUAAGGACAUUACAUUCUGUACCUCAUUCUUUGAACAUUUGUGUACAUGAAAAUUGACAUCAAGUGAAUCUGCUUUACUGACGAACUGUCUAAAUGCUCAGGAUGAUAUUUGGACUGUGAUAUUAUACAAAUAUCUUCCUUCAAUUGAAAUUAUUUAAAGGUUCAUUGAUCAUUUUUGUCUCGCCGAAGGUAGGAAAGGAAAUAAAUACUGCACUUAUUGUCUGUCUCGUUCAAUGUCAUGGAUCAUUUGUGACUAAAAAUAUCAAGUAUAUCAAGUGGUGCUACAAAAUGUCUCCCACAUUGCUUAUGAUUCUAAUAAAUUAAAGGAACAAGUAUUUUAAGCUAAAAGCUAAGUCUCAAAACUGCAUGGUCUCAAACAACUUUGUACAUGUACUAGGGGCGGAACUAGGAUUGUAACAUGAGUGCUUUUGCAUGUUACCCAGGUAUAUCUCCCAUCAAUGAGAGUAAAAAAAAAUAUUUGUUCUAGAAUUCGGGAUGUACCAGGUAAAACCCAAGCCAUCCCCCAAUAUUCAAUAUUUAUGUAAAAAAAAAAAGUAAUUUAAAAAUGACAUUUACUCUUCUUGGAUUCGAGCCGAAUAUUUGAUAUUUGUUUUUCAACAUUACCAUCUACACAAUGGAUGAAACUUAUAAAAUAUCAAAAUAAUGAAACAUUCCUAGGGUUGUAAUUUUGUUCAACAUGGUUGGUAUCCAUUUAGAAUCACUGUGUGCAUGUUUUUAAUGUUUUAAACAAUCAUGGGGAAAGAUGGACAAAUUUGCAUCAGUUUGGUAAGACUGAAUAUGAAUUGUUGGAACGAGAAAAUGGUGUGUGUUAAGAUGCUAACUUGGACUCUCAUAUCGUGUGUAUCUGUAUCAAAAACAAGGAAAAUAAAUUUAUUUUUGAACAACACAGGAAA